AUGGACGAACCUUUCGCAGUAAUGGAUGAUGAGCCUAUAUGGUGCUAUAUAGUCCAGUAUUUGGGAUAUGGCUCUAAUAUGAGCCCUAAAGUGUUAACAGGCAGAAGAGGCAUCAAACCAACAGAAUCUGUUGCAGUAUUUGCUGAGGCUUAUGUUCUCGUCUUUGAUAUGAGAGGAGCUCCUUAUGUGGAACCAGGCUUUGCAACCGUCUUGCCUCACGAUCACCCACAUCUUGCAAAGAAAUUAGAGUACUAUCCAACCUGUCACGGUGUAGCAUUCAAAAUCACCAAACAGGAGUUUAAGAAGAUUCAGCAGACUGAAGGUGGAGGUGGUAGGAAGGGUUCGGGCUACGAAGCAGUCUGUAUAAAGUGUGUAUCAUAUGAUGGUCAGAAAAUUGAAGCCUGGACGCUGCAAUCAUAUCCAAAGAACCUAUACACACGAGCUGCAGAUGUGGAACAUUCAAUAGCACCCUCGGCCCGUUAUUUAGCGCUGUGUACAGACGGUGCGGCUCUACAUCAAGUGAAUCCUGAUUACCUGAAUUGGAUGAAGUCGUAUCCAGUGUUGCUCAAAAUUGGGAUUCCAGAAUCAGCUCAUGUGUAUCUACAAUCCUUGUCGUCUGUUAUUUGGACGGUUUAUGACGGUUUCGCUCGUCAUGUGUUUGGAAGUGGUGUUGGCUACAAAGGCAUGAAAGUACCGAAACCAUCUGCCACGUCAGCGAAGACGAGGGCCUAG